GAUGACAUAAGAAUUAGGGGGAGAAGAGAAUAAGGAAAGCGAGGGAAAGAAAAAGAAUAUAAUAUAGAGAAGAGGGGAGGGGAAGAUCUGAAUAGGGAAGAAGAGAAGAGAGAAGAAUGGGGAGUCUGGGGUACCAAGUGAUGUGUGGGGGAGCAGUGUUCUCGCUGGGACUAUACCAUCUAAUAUGCAGCACAAGAAACUACCUCAAAUCGCCACAAAGCUACGCGGCCAAACCCUUCCACCCAUUCCCACGCCCGCGACACCUUCAACUUCACCUCACAAUCCUAUCUCUCCUCAUAGCAAUCGCACAUCAACUCAUUCUCUCCGCCGACUCCGACCCCUUAGUGAAAGGCGCCACCCCAGUCCACCGCCUCGCAUCCCUCCAAUCCGCCGCAGUCCUCUUCCUAUUCCUCCUUCUCACCCUCUCUCUCCUCAUCUCCGACUCAUCCCCCUCUCUUCUCCCUCUCCCCAACGACCUCUCCUUCGCCCUCCUCUCCUCCUUCUUUCUUCUCCAUUCCUCCCUCUCCUCCACCCGAGCCUCCCUCCAAACCUCCGCUCUCGAAGCUAAGUGUCUCUCCGUCACCUCUCACCUCUCCGCUCUCUCCGCACUCCUCUCCCUCCUCCUCGCCGCGCUUCCCCGCCUCUUCCCCGCCGACGCCGCUCUUGCCGCCCUCUUCUGCCUCCGCGGCCUCUGGUCCCUCCAGACCGGACUCUCCCUCUACGCCGACGCUUUCAUCCCCGACGGAUGCCACCGCCUCCUCGACGUUAGCAGCGGCGUCGAGGGAUCCACGCAGUGCGAUCUUGACCAGUCUAAGUUCAGAGCCGUUGCUAUUCUCGAUCUCGCUCUGUUGCUUCACGUCAUCUUCGUCUUCCUCGUUGCUAUCCUCACUUAUGCGCUCGUCGCCAAGAGCGUGGGCGUUAGGAGGCUGGGAUCCUAUGAGGCGCUACCCACCAAUUCUUCCCCUGCGGAUCACAAUCAUGUCCAGAUGAAGGCCCUGACUGGAACCCAGGCUUGAUUCCGUCACUCCUUAGCCUUUUCUUCAUUUUUUGUUAAUUUAUUUUUCUUUUUUUUUUCUGUGACUUACUGAAACUUGAUCGGUAGCAUGUAGGGAGGGACUUUGUGAAUACAACGUAAUGUUUCCUAUUCAGUGAGAUAGUUGCUGGCUACUUUAAGUUUUGUUUUCGUUUGUUGCUAUUACUUUGCAUAUUCCCAAAAACCCUUUAUAUAACAUAUACAUAUGUAGUAUGGACCUUUUUUAUUAUACUUCUUG